UAUGAAGGUAUAAUGCACAUUAGUUUGGAAAAAGAUGUUGGAGAUGAAACAAUGCAAUUAAGGGUUGCAGUAAGAAGUGGUGCUAAGAGAUCACGAUUUGAAGUGGUUUUUCGUCUGAAUUCAUUGUCAAGUCCUUACAGAGGUGAAAAUCGUUCGAUGUUCCUACCCAUUCGUUUUCGUCAAGCUGAUGGUAUCGGUGAUUCCUGGCAACUGCUGCUUCCAAACUCUGCUGCUUCUUUUCUGUGGGAAGAUCUUGGUAGGAGAUGUUUGUUGGAACUCUUGGUAGAUGGUACUGACCAAAUGAAAUCACUGAAGUACGAUAUCGAUGAAAUUUCUGAUCACACGCCUGUCCAUGUAGCAGAAGGACCAACCAGAGCGUUGCGUGUUACAAUUGUAAAGGAAGAAAAAACCAAUGUUGUUAGGAUCAGUGAUUGGAUGCCUGAAACUGAACCUAUAGGAGUUAUGAGCCGAAGACAUUCAUCAUCAGUGAAUGAUUCUCAAAAGCAACAGCUAAUGUCAGAUACGGACUUUGAGUUUCACAUCAAUGUUGAUCUUGCUGAGUUUGGGGUGUCUAUUGUUGAUCAUACACCAGAGGAAAUUUUGUACCUGUCUGUUCAGAAUCUUGUUCUGGCAUAUUCAACCGGUUCGGGAUCCGGAAUCAGUAGAUUCAAACUCAAAAUGUGUGGGCUACAAGUGGACAACCAACUGCCAUUACCUCAAUUUCUUCCGUUUGAUUGUAUGCGGCAUGGAUGCCGUGAUGAGUAUGCUUGCUUCAACUUCCUGCUGGAGCAAUAAACCAACUGGGAGAGGCCAUAUUGACGUAUUUGUACGCGACAAUUGAACCGAAACUACUUUAAGUCAGCCAAUGUAUUACAGACAUCCCCAUGAAAUCCAAUCCGUGUUUUAACCGUAACCUUCCA